AUGGUUACUUCCGGUGUGAUCUGAAACGUUGCUCCGCGUCUUCGCGCACACACAGAUCCGGGGCAGCAGCGUCUCUGAGCUGUGUUCAUCUGAAGGGACCGCGUUCAAAUACGAGGCUUUUAGUGGUUACUUAGAAUAAGAAUGGCGGCUACAUCGCUGGAAGCAGUCAAACGGAAAAUAAAACUGUUGCAAGAUCAAGCGGACGGCGCUGAAGAGAGAGCGGAGAAACUGCAGAGGGAAUUGGCGCUGGAGAGGAAAGCCAGAGAAGCAGCUGAGGGUGAUGUAGCUUCCCUGAACAGACGUAUCCAGCUGGUUGAGGAGGAGUUGGAUCGUGCACAGGAGCGUUUGGCUACUGCCCUGCAGAAGCUGGAGGAGGCCGAGAAGGCUGCCGAUGAGAGCGAGAGAGGCAUGAAGGUCAUUGAGAACAGAGCUCUGAAGGAUGAGGAGAAGAUGGAGAUCCAGGAGAUCCAGCUCAAGGAGGCCAAGCACAUUGCUGAGGAGGCCGACCGCAAAUACGAGGAGGUGGCCCGUAAGCUGGUGAUUGUUGAGGCUGAGCUGGAGCGCACAGAGGAGCGCGCUGAGCUGAAUGAGGGACGCCUUCGGAGAUUACAGGAUGAGCUUCGAGUGUUGGACCAAACCUAUAAGUCAUUAAAGGCAUCAGAAGAACAGGUACUGCACGCCAGUCAUUAGGUCGCAUACAUCUAACUGUCCCACUUGGCCUUGUGUGCUCUGUAGUAGGCAAAACUACCAUUUCCCUCACUUUCUACCCAUGCAGCUUUAUUUGGUCCAUCUUUUUUGUUUGUUUGUUUCGCGCCCUUCUAACUUAGCAGGAAUGCUGCAACUCGAUUUCUUCUCAUACGGUGUAACUCCUCACAACUUGCAUGCAGCAGUUCCGUAGACUUCGAUUCGUCAUCAUGGCACAUUCCUGCUGUGUUAAGGGGACUUUGGGAUCCCCUUGUCCUGCACCCUGUUUUGAUUGAUUUGGGGUUUUUGUCCAACCCCC